UGUGUGUGUGUGUGUGUGUGUGUGUGUGUGUGUGUGUGUGACGUUCUCUCUCUCGCUCUCUCAGGCGAAGUAUCACGAGGAGUUCGAGCGCUCGCGGGGUCGAGGUGCCACACACACCCUCGAUGAGCAGCACAUGGCACGUCUCCAUGGAGACCAUCUGAUGGGCGCUGGCGACAGUUACCAUGGCGUCCAGCCGCAGGUGGUUGAGAUGGACCGCAGAUCAGCAGGAGCCGCUGAGCUGAAGGUCUGGAGGACUGAUCCGGGAUCCAUCUUUGACUUUGAUCCAGUGGAGGACAAUAUUCAGUCUAAAAGCCUGCGCAGGAUGAUGGGUACCGCAGACACACGACUGUACACUGACCAUCAGCCGCGGGGUAUCUGUGUGUGUGUAACGCGUGUGUGUGUGUGUGUGUGUGUGUGUGUGUGUGUGUUAGAGCGUGGCCCCCAGCAGUCGGUGUGCAGUUCUCCGGGCUCAGAGCUCUGGGCCGAUCGCAGCGUGUCUGUCUGCAGCAGCGCUUCUGCACUGCAGGACCGAUCCACUUCAGGUGUGUUCCAGCAUCACUCCCAUCAUCCUCAGCAGGGUUACGGACACAGCGUUCAGUCUCCUCCACACUCCAUGCAGAGAGUGUACCGGGCGCUGUACGAUUACGCCGCUCAGGAUCACGACGAGGUUUCCUUCCGCGACGGAGACGUGAUCGUUAACGCGCAGCCCAUCGAUGAGGGAUGGCUGUUCGGCACGGUCCAGCGCACCGGAAGGUCCGGCAUGCUUCCGGCGAACUACGUGCAGAGUUUGCACUGAGAUCAUCAUCACACAAUCACAGCAGUCUGAAGAGUUUGAGCAGACGUCUGCUAAAAGACAAGCGCUGAUCAUUAGAUUCAUAUGGAAGCUUAUUUCUGCAGAAUAAAUAUAUUAAAAAGGUGAUUGAUUUUUUUAUUUAUCUUGCAUUUCUGCAACUGAAAGUUUAAAUCUCAAUUCAGACCUUCUCUCGUUAUUUUACAGUUCAGACCUUCUCUCAGAAUUGCAAGACAUAAACAUGCCAACUUCUGAGUUUUUAUCUUGCAAUUUGGACUUGUCUCAGAGUUGAGUAAAAAGUUUACAUUGUGAGAAAAAUGCCUACUUUUAAUAGUUUUAUUCUGUGGCAGAAACAAGCUGUUUUGUCCGAUAGUGAAUGGAGGAGGUUAAUAAUAAUCAGUAACUGUGUCCUUGAUAGCUGAAUGAGGUUAGUUUCAUCAUCUUUCUUUUACUUUAAUGUGUAAUUGUUGCCCAGAGCAGCAGAGCUCAAUGAUCUGUUCUUCAUCAGCGUUUAUUAUGCCAUCAUCACACAUUACUAGCUGACUUCAGUCCCAGACUAGUUCUGAAAUAAACUAGUAGCGAUGUUAACUCGGGUUCGUUUACUAACCAAUAACAGUUAGUUUAGCUUCUGGAGGCUGAACAGAUUCGUGUUUGGUGAGAAGAACAUACGCCUGCAGUUCAGAUCUGCACAAAAGCCAUGUGGCGUAGAAACCCAUCAUCUACUGUGUGCAGAACCCACUGUUCCUGAUAGUUUGUGUUUAAUGUGUUCACGUGCUUUGAAGAGGACUAGUGGUGAAAUGCGGCCAGUUCUGAGCUGUUCUCUUGAGCUAGUCUGCUUUAUUUACUUCAGUAGCAUGUUGAUCUGUCAGAUCUUCAGAGGAGUACAGUACGUGAUAAAUGCAUGACACUAGAUGAAUUAUGAGCUAAACAUCAGCAGGUUGUGAGUGUGAUUGAUGGUUUUAUUUACUUUACUAUAAACUCUCUCACUUAUCGUCACUUUGAUCUAUUUACCCGCGUCACUGUCUUCUGUUAACGCUAUUUACCUUGUAGAGUUUCGCAGUUAUUGAAUUGAUAAUCAAUAAAAAGCUUUGU